AUGAUAUCCUCAUACAAUGACUGCCUCACUCUCCAAAACUCCCUUGAUAAAUUUGCCGCCUGGUGCAAUUCUUUUAAUUUGUCGCUAAAUAUUGCCAAAUGCAAAGUAAUGACCUUUCAUCGUUCUAGGUCAGUCAUUACCUUUGACUAUAACCUAAGCGGUCUAUCUAUUCAACGUGUUAACCAAGUCGAGGAUUUGGGCAUUCUGUUUGUGCCUUCACUCCACUUUGGUCCUCAUAUCGAUAUCAUGACUAGUAAAGCUUUUCGCGUACUGGGUUUUAUUAAGAGACAUACUGUUAAUUUUAGUUCCCCUAAAUGCCUACUGGUUCUCUACAACUCGUUGGUUCGUUCAGUUCUCGAAUAUGGGUGCGUAGUCUGGUCACCAUACACCGCUGCUGACAUUCGACGGAUUGAUCGGGUUCAAAAUUACUUUAUGAACUUUGUUGGCUUCUGUCUCAAUAUCCCUCACCCAAAACACGAUUACAGGCCUAUUAUACAAGCCCUUAAGCUCAACUAUCUCCAAACUAGGCGUGAUAACCUUGGUAAUAAUUUUAUUCGAGGUUUAAUUGAGGGUAGAGUCGAUGCCCCUAGGCUUCUCGAACAACUUGAUUUUCGAAUACCCAAUAAUACUAGGUUACAGUGUUCUUUCUAUCCCCCUAACAAUACGUCUAACUUUGCGAGAAAUGCCCCAUUACCAAGAUUAAUGCGCUUAGCGAACUUACUGUAA